GGAAAAAUCAAACCUAGGUUUCUCCAAAGUAUUGGGUCUCACGAGCUUAGCUAGUCUGUGCAGACAAACUAAUUUCUUCAUCCCUAAGCUUGAUCCCAUUAGUGCAUCAUGACUCAAAAGGUAAACAUGAAAUGACAAUUUUGCCCCCAGUCUGUUGCUACACUGAAAGCAUAAAUACCCCUCUCAUGUCCUCCUACUCUCCCCUUUCCCUCUUCCUUGAUUUUCCAACCAUGUUUUCAGGUUCUUCUGUCGGUCUAUGCCCCCCUUCCGAACCGGGUUUUCUUGACUGGGAGUUGAUUAGUAAUGAACCGCUGUUCUUCCUUCACGAAGCGGAUCCGAUUUUGUUCGGCCCAUCUGAACCGGUCAGCUCAAACUCCGGUUCCGAUGCUGCCAAGGACCGGGAUGGGGUGGAGCGGUUUGGGUGCGGUUCAUACGAACCGGAUAAGAGUAAUAAUAGUAAGAAUUUAAGCCCCGCCGGUUCGGCCGGGCUAGGGUUGACGGAGGAGCGGAAGCGGCGGCGGAUGCUGUCGAACCGGGCGUCGGCUCAGCGGUCGCGGCAGAGGAAACAGCAGCACUUGAAGGAGUUGAGGUGUCGCGUGAACCGGUUUAAGGUGGUGAACCGGAAAGUGAUGGGGGAACUCCGGUUCGUUCUGGGUCAGACCGAGUUUGUUAUCAGACAGAAUGAAUGCCUGCAGGCGGAGGCGGUGGUGCUCCGGCGGAGACUCUCCGAUAUGCGGCGGCUGCUUAUUGCACGGCAGCUUCAGCAGCAGUACUAUUUGAACAAUUUGUCGCCGGCCGCCGUCUGCAUGGCCGCAAUGCAUUGAUUGAUAUGAUCGCCGGCCGGCGGCCGCCAUUAAUGAGCAGUUGCAGAAUUAUUCAAUCUCUUAAUUUGACUGAGUAAAUAAAACUAGCUCAUCCAUGGAGGAGCGGAAGAGUGCCUUCAUUUAUAUAUAUAUAUAUAUAUAUGUAUGUAUUUAUAAAUGGAAAACUAGAACUCUCUCUCUCUCUCCCCCUUUCUCACUCACUCUCUCUCUCUAGGGUUUGUGAAGUGUGCU